AUGGCUGUCUCCGCCAAGCAAAAGACCAUCAUUUCCGCUCCUCAGAAGAGUUCACUCGCAGGGACAAUCCCAACCAAGAAGCUCACGAAAGAGCAGCUUUUCAAGACACAUGAGGAACACAUCAAGCAGCAAAACGCUACCCAAACUCCCAAUGGCCCCAGGCCAGUGAAGCAGCCAAACGUAGCAGAAGCAUAUCCUGCUUCUACAAAGUCUAUCAGAGAUCUCGAAAUCAUCCCACUAAGUGACCUCAGCGUGGAAACACAUCACCGUGGCAAGGGGCUCAUCGUCAAAGUAGUCAGCCCACCCUACCUUGGCGCCGGCGCUGUCAGUAUUGUCGAGGACCAUUGGGGCAAUGUCGACAAGCUCGCCAUCUACAACCAAGGCGACUCAGCCAUCCUGUCGGGGGUUCCGGAGGGCUGUAUCGUUGCCGUCAAGGAGCCUUACUAUGUCCAGAAUGGCGCAGAAAACGACUUCAUGAUCUGCGUUGAUCACCCGUCAGAUGUCAUUCUGCUCCGUUUUAUAGAUUCUAUCGUCCCAGAGCCGUUGAGGCUCGGGCCGCUACUGAAGUCAGCGGGGGAAUGGACGACGGCGGGAGAUCAAGCCUUCUUGCAAAGGGAUUUCCCUACGGCCGUCUUUUGCUACACGGAAGCACUAGAAGGACAAGAAGACCACUCUGCCAAAGCCCCCGUCUACACCAAGCGCGCGGGCGUCAACCUCCUCCUCGGCCGCUACGACGCCGCAAAAGCCGACGCCCUCGCCUCCCGCAUCGGCGCUUCCACCGACUGGAAAGCCUACUACAACGCCGGCCGGGCCGCCUACGGUCUCUGCGAGUACGCCACCAGCAAGUCGUACUUUGAAGAAGCCCUCAAGCUAAACGACAAGGGCACCGCCAACGUGCAGAAGGAAUACGAACGGGUGCUAGCCCGCGUGGAAGAAGAGGAAACCGGCAACUACGACUUCGCAGCCAUGCACGCCUCCCUUUCCCCGACAUCCGUGCACAUCGACGCUGGGUCCUUCCUCCGCAACACGCGUGUUGCCGAUUCGGGCUUCCACGGCCGCGGCCUCUUCGCCACUCGUCCCCUCAAAGCCGGCGACUUGGUCUAUGUCGAAAAAGCCACGCUGAUGCCCAACCAGUACGACCCCGCCCGCGCCUCCGCGGCGCUGUACUCGCUCAUGGUCCGGCAACUCUGCGAUAACCCUUCGCUGGCCGAUACCAUGCUCAAGCUCUACCCCGGCCAACUUCCCUACGAGCGAACCGGUGCCGAGGGCAGUAUGGUGGAUGGCGUCCCCGUAGUAGACGUCUUCGUAGUCGAAGGCAUCCGCACCAAGAACUGCUUCUCCUCACCUCUGUCCACUUACGACGAUACCAAGCCCACUUACAACUCGGUGUGCAUGGCCAAGGGGCUGUGGGCGCAUUCGAGCCUCAUGAACCACAGCUGCGUGCCCAACACCAUGCGCUCGUUUGUCGGUGACAUGCUCAUCUGUCGCGCCACGCGCGACGUGCAAGAGGGCGAGGAGCUGUUCCAGCAGUAUGUACCCGUCAAGAUGCUGGUGGAUGUGCGUAAUAGGGAGUUUGAGGAAGGGUGGGGUUUCGAGUGUCGGUGUGGGUUGUGUGAAGGGGAGAGGAAGUCGUCAGAGGAAAGGUUGAAGAAGAGGAAGGAGGCGAUGCUUGCGCUGGAAAAGUUCCUGGAUAAGAAGCCGAGUACUGGCAAGGGGGCGACGAUUGUACCCGACGCGACAAUCAGGACGGUGGAUAAGAUGAUGAGGCACUUGGAGGACCUGCAUGAAACUGAGGUGUAUGAGAGUCUCCCAAGGUUGACGCUCGUUUAUCCGUGUAAUUGGCUGGUAGAUGCAUACAGAGCCAAGAAGCAGUGGGCGAAGGUGGUGAAGUAUUCGUUGAAGGUGUUGAGAAACUUUGGGUUCAAUGCGGUGCCGAGGGAUGAGGAUCCGGCCAAGUUGACUGCGGAUUGGGAUCCGAGGGAGAUCUAUACGAGGAGCGGUGAUGUGAGCUUGAUGGCCGUCCAUGUGGUGGCUUCGUUGAGAAGGUUGGCGGAGGCAUAUGCUGCUUUGGGACAUAAGGAAUUGGCGGAGCGUUGUGUGGAGGCGGCCAAGUUUGGAUAUACCAUGGUGACUGGAUUUUCGGAGGAUGUGGAUGCUCUCGGACAGUGA